UGGGUUUGAGACUAGGAAGCCCCGCCCCCCGCCGACGUGUGACGUCAGAGUCGCCAUGGCCAGCUAUCCAUACGGGCAGGGCUGUCCAGGAGCCGGAGGACAAGCGCCCGGAGCCCCUCCUGGUAGCUACUACCCCGGACCCCCCCAUGGUGGAGGGCAGUAUGGUAGUGGGGUACCCCCUGGAGGCGGAUAUGGAGGAGGUCCUGCCCCUGGAGGGCCUUACGGACCACCAGCUGGUGGAGGACCCUAUGGACACCCCAGCCCUGGGGGACUCCCCUCUGGCACUCCAGGAGGACCAUAUGGUGGUGCGGCCCCAGGGGGCCCCUAUGGUCAGCCACCUCCAAGUUCCUAUGGUGCCCAGCAUCCCGGCCCUUACGGACAGGGACCUCCUCCAGGUGGAGCCCCUCCCAAUGUGGACCCCGAGGCUUACUCCUGGUUCCAGUCGGUGGACUCUGAUCACAGUGGCUACAUCUCCAUCAAGGAGCUGAAGCAGGCCCUGGUCAACUCCAACUGGUCCUCAUUCAACGACGAGACGUGCCUCAUGAUGAUAAACCUGUUUGACAAGACCAAGACAGGCCGCAUCGACGUCUACGGCUUCUCGGCCCUGUGGAAAUUCAUCCAGCAGUGGAAGAACCUCUUCCAGCAGUAUGACCGGGACCACUCAGGCUCCAUUAGCUACACAGAGCUGCAGCAAGCUCUGUCCCAGAUGGGCUACAACCUCAGCCCCCAGUUCACCCAGCUGCUGGUUUCCCGCUACUGCCCGCGCUCCGCCAAUCCCGCCAUGCAGCUCGAUCGCUUCAUCCAGGUGUGCACCCAGCUGCAGGUGCUGACCGAGGCCUUCCGGGAGAAGGACACCGCUGUGCAGGGCAACAUUCGGCUCAGCUUCGAGGACUUCGUCACCAUGACAGCCUCUCGGAUGCUAUGACCAGGCCAUCUGUGGAGUGGGGAGUGCACCAGGGGUCCUUUCCUGGCUCCCAGGGUGGGAGAAGCAUGUAGGCCUCGCUUCUUUUCUUGCCCCUCCCAGAAAAAAUUCUCCCUUGCCUGAUGCAGCACUGUUCCCAAAGAGGGCAGAGAGUCCUUCAUCUUAGCCACCAAAUAGUAGGCUGAGGCCACACAGGUAUGGGCCUGACCUAGGAGAGGACUGGAAGUUGAAUGUCCUUACAGCCCUGAGCAUUGAAGUGGUGCAGGAGAUGCUGGUCAUUGCAGCAGAAUUAGUGUCCAGUCAGCUGGCUCCAGCCGCUAGCUUUCCUUUCUGUGCCCUGAUGCCAGUGGUAAGUGGUCAUCGGCCUCGUACCAUUAGCACCUGCGUCCCUCUCCUCUGCUGCCAGAUGAACCUCGUUUCUCCAAAGUGGAAUCCGACUAGGGGUGAGAGAUUUGCCCAUGGGACCAGUGGCUCGGAUUCCACUCCCACAGGUCCGUGGGUGUUGACUCCUAGCUGCCUGGGGGCUGUGCCCGCUCAGGGAGCUCAGGCAGUCUGUUCUCUGGGCCUCUUUGGCUAGGCUACCCCUCUGCAGCGUGGACCCCUCUGCUUGGCUUCAGUCCCCAGGGGACAAGCUACCACCCCCACUGCCAAUGCUUUUUUUUAAAAUUUGUGUUUUUUUCAUUCGGGGCCAAAAGUUCAGUGAAACUGUAAGCUUCAAUAAAAGAAUAAAACUCUGG